GGCUCGAGGCGUGUGUGAUGGCGGAAGUUCGCAUCCCUACACGAAAAAUCUAGCGAGCGGAUUAUUGUUGACAUUCUCCGGCGUACGGGCCUGCCUGGUAAACGGAAUGAAGUUAUCACAUAUCAUCUUGAUUGUGCACUGUAUUACCCACACGUAGCUACAGCCUGUUAUGUACACACGGGUAUCUUAUUCUAUAGAAAAGACACACCUCCUGAAACAUUGAAAGGUGUGACCCCAGGCACUCUCUGCUGACCUGUGUGAGUGUGUCGGGGAGGUAAAGCAGUUCCACAGAGUGAUGCCAAGAUGUUGCUGUCCCUUGGCAUGCUGAUGCUGUCCGCCACACAGAUCUACACCAUCUUCACGGUCCAGCUCUUCGCCUUCCUCAACCUUCUGCCCGUGGAGGCUGACAUUAUUGCCUACUCAUUCGACAACAAGACAGGAAACUUUGAUGACCUACCUGCACGGUUUGGUUAUCGACUUCCCAGCGAUGGACUAAAGGGUUUCCUGAUUGGUGCGCGGCCGGAGAAUGCGUGCAUGCCCAUCGAGCCCCCGCCCAGAGCGGACAACGCCUCGGGUGCCUUCAUCGUCCUCAUCAAGCGCUUCGACUGCAACUUUGACAUCAAGGUCCUCAACGCGCAGAAGGCCGGGUACAAGGCGGCCAUUGUGCACAAUGUGGACUCCGAUGACUUAAUCAGCAUGGGCUCCAACGAUCUGGAUGUCAUGAAGCAGAUCGACAUUCCAUCUGUGUUCAUCAGCGAGGAGACGGCCAACUCUCUGAAGGAGGACUACUCGUACGACAAGGGGGGCCACGUGGUUCUGAUGCCCGACUUCAGCCUUCCUCUGGAAUACUACCUCAUCCCCUUCCUCAUCAUCGUGGGGAUCUGUCUGAUCCUCAUCGUGGUCUUCAUGAUCACCAAGUUCGUGCAGGAUCGCCACCGGGCUCGAAGAAGCCGUUUGCGCAAAGACCAACUGAAGAAGCUCCCCAUCCACAAGUACAAGAAAGGGGACGUGUACGACGUGUGCGCCAUCUGCCUGGACGAAUACGAGGACGGAGACAAGCUGAGGGUGCUGCCUUGUUCCCAUGCUUACCACAGCAAGUGCGUGGACCCCUGGCUGACCAAGACCAAGAAGACGUGUCCCGUGUGCAAGCAGAAGGUGGUGCCCUCGCAGGGCGACUCCGACAGCGACUCGGAGGACGGCGACAGCGGGCCCGAGGAGAACGAGGAGGUGUCGGAGAGCACGCCCCUGCUGCGCUCGCUGGCCUCCACCAGCGCCCACUCCUUCGGCACCAUGUCGGGCGCCUCCCGCUCGGGCCAGGACUCGUCCGACUACGAGGACGACGAGGACGAGCUGGACAGCAGCGACAGCGAGGCGGCGGCGGCGGCGGCGAAGAAGAAGAAGGUGGCGCCCGUGGAGACGGUGGUGGUGCAGCUACAGCAGCCCUCCUCUGACCACCGCCGGGACCACGACUUGCCCUACGCCUGACUUGACUUGACCCCGACGGUUGGUUGACGGUAGACCGACAGGCCGCCGCACGCACAUCCCCCGACCCCACGACCCCCCCUCCCCCCACGAGACCCCCCCCCCCCCCUCCCUUCCCCUCUCCGUACACCGCAGCCAAUCACUGGCCCCCAACCAGGGCUGUAGAGACAUCAACAAUCCGAUUCACCGCUCCCCAUUUUGUUCUGUUACUGAUUAGAGGUCUACUUUGAUGACAUCCCCCCCCCCCCAAAAAAAGUUAGAAUACCAGUAUUCUUUGAUUUGGACUCAAUAGGAGGGGGGAGGGGGUAGUAGGUGGAGCUUGAAGCUGACAAUGUGUCCAAAAGCUGGCGAGACAGUCAGUGGCUUAUGGGGGCUGACAGGAGUGUUAACUCCGCAAUGUACAGUAACACUGUACUCUGGAUAGUCGUCCCCCCCCCCCCCCCCCCCAGGCGAAUACAGAGGUCUCCCCCCUCAUUAGUCCACUGUACUAGGGAGAGGUCUCAAGGUUGAAGUGGGUUCGGUGCUCAGCAGUUGAAAACCAUUAGUGUAUAUAAAAUGUAUAAAUCACACAUGAACCUUUUAUUUGCUUAGAGCCUACACGUGUGGCGCGGUGUGGCAGUGCCGCGACCGACAGUAGAUACGUAACCGAGCUGCAUAGCCACGUCUAAAUCUAAAGCACUAUGCAGCUUCCUUUUUGUAAAAUCAAAUUUUCAGUGUAACCGUACGUAAGGUAUAAACUCGCACUUAAUCUUUGCCAAUAUACUUGUAGCCAGAGGGCUCUGCGCUUCAACAUGUUUUGUGCCACAGAUGGCAGGUUUACCGUUCAGCAUGGCAAAAGGACAACGAAAAAAAAAAGGUAUGACUUGCGCCAAGGUAGUGCGUUAGUAAAAUAUAUAAAUUAAUUUAAGGUAAUCAAUGACACGUCACACUCGUCGAAGGGGAGUCUAUUCUGCACGGUGUGAGAUGAGUUCACACUGCCUGCCGCUACCCAGUAACCUCAUAACACGCUUUUAGUCAAUAGGCGGGGCCUGUUUCAUUUAAAUACCGCAAGUAGUUAACUCUUGUUGAAACGUUGUUUUACCAUGGCUUGAGCUGUUGUAUUUUUCACAAAAAACCCUUGCCUUUUUAUUUCAGUUACUGUAUCGUCUCAUGCUUACCAAUGUCUUGAAUCCAAAUUCACUUUAAUAAAAGAAAACGGAAAGGUA